CCUGAAGCCGCGGGGGCGCGCCCCAGCCGCCAUGUCGGAGGCGCGUGGAGAGCCGGGUUCCGGAACUGGGGCCGGCGCCCGAUUCUUCUGCACCGCGGGUCGCGGCCUGGAGCGGUUCCUGAUGCGCGAGGUGCGGGCGCGGCUGGCGGCCACGGAGGUUGAAUAUAUUUCAGGAAAGGUUUUUUUCACCACCUGUUCUGAUUUGAAUAUGUUGAAGAAAUUAAAAUCUGCAGAAAGAUUAUUUUUGCUGAUUAAAAAGCAGUUUCCACUUAUUUCUUCUGUAAGUAAAGGAAAACUAUUUAACGAAAUGCAAAGACUUAUAAAUGAAGAUCCAGGAAGUUGGUUGAAUGCCAUUUCAAUCUGGAAAAAUCUUCUUGAACUUGAUGCAAAAAAGGAAAAACUUUCUCAGAGAGAUGAUAACCAAGUAAAAAGAAAAGUGGGAGAAAAUGAAAUCAUCAUUGCAAAGAAAUUAAAAAUAGAACAAAUGCAAAAGAUAGAAGAGAAUAGGGACUGCCAGCUGGAAAAACAAAUAGAAGAAGAAACUCUGGAGCAAAGAGAUGUUACCACUAAAAGCGAAAACUUUCAAGAAGAAUUUCAGAAUGACAUAGAGAAAGCAAUUGAUACUCAUAAUCAGAAGGACUUGACUUUCAGAGUAUCUUGUCGCUGCAGUGGAACUAUUAGAAAGGCCUUCACUGCACAGGAGUUAGGAAAAGUAAUUGGAAUUGCUAUUAUGAAACACUUCGGAUGGAAAGCAGAUUUGAGGAAUCCAAAAUUAGAGAUCUUUAUACAUCUAAAUGACGUUUACUCUGUGGUGGGAAUUCCUGUGUUCAGGGUUCCUCUAGCCAGCAGAGCUUACAUCAAGACAGCUGGACUGCGAUCUACCAUAGCGUGGGCAAUGGCAUCUCUCGCUGACAUUAAGGCUGGUGCAUUUGUUUUAGAUCCAAUGUGUGGACUUGGAACAAUACUUUUGGAAGCUGCUAAAGAAUGGCCAGAUGUGUAUUAUGUAGGUGCUGAUGUCAGCGACUCACAGUUACUAGGUACUUGGGACAAUCUGAAAGCUGCAGGCCUUGAGGAUAAAAUCGAAUUACUUAAAGUCUCUGUUAUAGAUGAUACUGAUGCUGCUGCCGUGGGGACCACAUUUUGAGAACCACUGCUAGAGGAGAGGAGAGUAGGAGAGAGGCCCACCUGGAAGUAGUUGCCUUACCUCAACCUUGGAUGCCCAAGAAUGAGAGAGAAGGGGAUACUGUGUUCUGCAAAGCUUUUCUGAAGGAUGGUGCACUGGUUCCCACCUGGCUGUCAUCUCCCAUUGACAUCAGAGAGGGACAUUAUAAAUAAUGACCACAAAGCAGCUAACAGUUACUGAGUGCUCACGUUGUGCCAGGCCCUGUUACAUGUCUUCCAUAUAUUACCUCUUUUAUUGACUGCUGAGGUACAUAUUCUUAUUCCAUUUUACAGAUGAAGAAAUUGAAGCAGUAAUUUCCCAAAGUCCCAGAGCUCGUGAGCAGCAGAGCCAAAUGCAAGCUGUCUGACACCAGAGCUUAUGCUCUCAACCACAUCAACAAAAGCUUUAUUUUAUGCUCUAUUGGAAGAUGACACAACUUAGUUCUGGAGAUUUUUUUUUUUUAAUUAUUCUAUCUAUAUGAAGUUUAUGUAUUCAACUUCUAAAAUUAUUUAAAGCAGUUUAGCAUAUUGUAUAAUAUAGAGCAGCAAAGUUCCCAAUAAAAAUGGAGACUCAGAAGAAAAAAAUUAGUGUUACUAAACCUGGACAUAAUGGGCAGCUAACUCAUAUGUAGGUACUGUAUUUCUGUGUAGUGUAAGGCAAAAGACAGACUUGGGAUUAAAUUCAGAAGUAAAUUACUACAUGCUCCCUCAUAAAUAAAACAUUUGAGAACUAUGGUUGCCUUCAUUGUCCAUAUAUGUCUUUAGUCAUUUUGUAAAUGGAUGUGUACUAUAUCAACACCCUAAAACCAUGAGGUUAAAACAUAACUUGGAAAAAAGGAAUUCCUGUCUCGGCUUAAAAGAAUAUUAUCCUCUUACUUUUUUUUGAACAAUCUACUCUUCUUCUGUUAACCCCACAUACGGGUUAGAACUAGGAGAGAUCUAGCAAGUAGUCAUUAGACUUUCCCAGAUUACAAAGCAUUUUUUAUUGAAUUUCCUACCAACAGAAACUUUUGAUAUUUAGUGAAGAUUAUUUAAAUUUCAUUACAUUUCUGCAAAAUUAGGUACUAUUCAGAAUGCAAACUGGGACAUCCGUCUUAUGAGUAUUUAACUUAAUUUAGGAGAUGGAUGAGAAGUAAAAUAAGUAAAAAGUGGAAAGUACAUCCAGAAGAUGUGGAUGUUAGGGUAGAGUCUUUGUAACCUUCUGAUAAUGUAACUUCUGAGAAGAAAACAUUAAGAUGAUAAAACAAUUUAGAAUAAUCAGACACUAUAAUUUUUAGUGAUAAUCAUUGUGUUGAUUAUUGAUUAUAUAGCCUUUUCUCUAGUCU